AGCAUUGAGGAUGUGACUGUACAUGUUAGAGUUGUGGGAAGAAGAGCAAAAGGCCUUCUGCCGUCUGUCUGACAAUGAAGGAUUAUGCGGAGAGCAUCGCCUUUCUGGGUCAGUGGGGACUUUUCCAGCAGGUUGUAUUCUUCCUGCUCUGUGCCAGUAUCAUGCCUAAUGGAUUUGGUGCCUUUACACUCGUCUUUGUGAAUGAUAUACCAAUUCACCACUGCUUUGUUCCUGAGGCUAACCUGACUAGGGAAUGGCUUGAAGCAAUCAUACCCGUAAAGGUUAUAAAUGGGGAAAAGGAGCGGAGUAGUUGCAGCAGAUACAGGCUGGGUGUGGUCAAAAAUCUCUCUGCUCAGGGUUUAAUCCCUGGCAGAGAUAUUAACCUCACCGAGAUGGAGCAGGAGAGCUGUGUGGAUGGGUGGAGCUACAGCAAAGACAUCUACCAGUCUACCAUUGUCUCUGAGUUUGACCUGGUGUGCAGUGAGCAGUGGAAGCAGCCAUUCACCUCCACAGUGUUCUUUAUUGGAGUUGUUUUUGGAUCCUUCUUCUCAGGACAGCUUGCAGACAGGUUUGGAAGGAAACCGGUGCUUUUUGCAACCAUGGCCGUUCAGACAGCUUUUACCUUCAUUCAAGUGUUCUCCGUCUCAUGGACAAUGUUUACCAUCCUCCUCUUCAUGAACGGUUUGGGACAGAUGUCCAACUUUGUAGGUGCUUUAGUGCUGGGCGCUGAGACCUUGACUGGAAACGUGCGAGUCCUUUACUCGUCUUUGGGCACCUGUUUAGGUUUUGCCAUCGGCUACAUGAUGCUGCCUCUCUUUGCUUACUUUUUGAGGGAUUGGAAAUCUCUCCUGCUGGCUUUGUCUGUGCCAAGUAUGAUCUACCUCCCCCUCUGGUGGUUCAUCCCAGAGUCUCCUCGCUGGCUGCUCUCUCAGGGAAGGGUGGAGGAGGCUGAAGCCAUAUUGAGAAAGGCUGCUAGGUGGAAUAAAGUCCGGGCUCCAAGGGUGAUCUUUGAAGGUUGCAGUGUUAUUAAGAAGGAUACAAAAGGAAACCCUGAAGAACACUACAGUGUGUUGGACCUGCUGAGGAAAAGCCAGAUCAGAGUCAUGACUCUCGUUCUUUGCUUGUUGUCGUUCACUAUGACUAUUGGAUACUAUGGCCUAUCCUUCAACACAUCCCAACUCCAUGCUGACCCAUACAUCAGUUGUUUCAUCUCUGCAGCUGUAGAGGUUCCUGCUUAUAUUUCCAGCUGGCUGGCUCUGCUAUACCUUCCACGGCGAGUGUCUGUCAUCAGCUCUUUGCUGCUUGAAGCAGUGCCACUCUACCUCAUCCUGCUCAUCCCCAAAAGUCUGUAUUAUCUUUCUCUUGCACUGGAGAUGUUGGGUAAAUUUGCAGCCACCACCGUAUCCUCCCUGAUGUUUGUCUACAUCGCUGAGCUUUACCCAACAGUGCUCAGGAACACUGCGACGGGGACAUGCACCACAGUUUCCAGAUUGGGCAGCUGCAUGGCACCAUUGUUGUUAGAGUUGGGUGGAUACUUUAAAUACCUUCCUUAUAUCAUAAUGGCGACCUUGGCUGUUGUGUCUUCGUUUGCUGCUCUCUUCCUGCCGGAGAGUUUUGGAAAACCUCUUCCUGAAACUAUUCAACAGAUGCAUCAAAGAGAAAGAAUAAAGUGUCCAUGCAUCCCUGGAAAAGAACCCCCAAAAACCUUAGUACUCCUGGACAGUAAACUAUGAUUAUCUGCUGAAGUAACACUUCACUGACAAGUUCAUUUAUUGAUAUUUCUUUCCAGCACUUGUACUUUUUUACAUCAUAUAUUUUUUUAAAUAUGGAUAAAUAUCUUGAAUAAACUGGUGAAAAUUAAAAACUAA